CAUGCAAGCGCCAAAUGUGUCCGUGCGCGCCACCCUCAUGAAAUGAAGAUUUCAAAGAAACCUGUAGAUCAAAGUGAACUGUUACAAACUAGACAAUCAUUACCUGUAUGGAAACAUAAGGAUGUAUUGAUUGAUACUAUUAUGAAAAGUGAGCACUGUGUUAUUGUGGGGUCAACAGGGUCUGGUAAAACUACCCAGAUUCCUCAGUUUUUGUAUGAAAAGAAUCUAACCAACGGGGGCAUUAUUGCAAUAACUCAGCCUAGGCGUGUUGCUGCUAUCAGUAUUGCAUUACGUGUUGCUGAUGAAAUGAAUCGUGGUCCUGUUGGUAUUGGACCAGUUGGUUAUAGUGUACGAUUUGAAGAUGUAUCAAGUGAACAAUCUACACAUUUAAGAUAUAUGACUGAUGGUAUGCUACUACGUGAAGCUAUCCUCGAUCCUAAUCUAUCACGUUAUCGUUUUAUUAUUUUGGAUGAAGCUCAUGAACGCAGUUUAAAUACUGAUAUAUUAUUUGGUGUAGUUUUAUCCGCAGCGAAAAGACGUGCAAAACUCCAUUCUAAUCAUACUCUUAUACCGCAUAAAUUAAAUGGUAUAAGGAAAGACAUUCAAAAUAAUAAAAAGUUUCUUCCAUUGUUAAAAAUCAUUGUUAUGUCAGCUACAAUUGAUCCAACACCUUUCUUAAAUUUCCUUGGCCAAGAUCGUACUCAAGUUGUGUAUAUAGAAGGUCGACAACAUCCUAUAAAAAUCCUCAAUGUUUCACAAUCUUUAUUAGAUUAUGUGGCGCAUGCAGCUUCUGUUUGUUUACGGAUUCAUAAUUCAAAAAAUUCCCCAUUAAAUCGUGGUAUUUUAAUUUUUCUAACUGGUGAAGAAGAAAUUAUGCGAUGUUGUUCACUAAUCAAACAACUGCAUCAUUCAACCAAUAGAAAUCAUCAAAUAAAUUCAACUAAAACUAAUGAACUUGUAGUAUUUCCAUUAUUUUCAUCAUUACCACAAGUGCAACAAUUGAAAGCAUUAAAUUUUUCUGAUCAUAAUGUGCGUAAAGUGAUUGUCAGUACAAAUUUAGCGGAGACAUCCAUUACCAUCCCAGGUAUACGUUAUGUGAUAGAUUGUGGGCGUGCAAAAAUAAAAGACUGGGAUCCUAAAACCGGAUUUGAAUGUUUUCGUGUUCAAUGGAUUUCCAAAGGACAAGCAUGGCAGCGUUCCGGACGUGCUGGACGUGAAGCAGCCGGUGUUUGUCUUCGUUUGUAUACUGAUUUAGAAUAUAAAAAUAUGCCCUUACAACCUAGACCGCAAAUUUUACAAGCUCCACUGAAUGGAAUUCUGCUAAAUCUCAUAUCUAUGAAUAUAAAGAAUCCUUCCCAGUUUCCAUGGUUAUCUGCGCCUAAACCAUCCUCCAUUGAAGCUGGAAUUAAAUUACUUCUUCAAUUAGGUGCUGUUGAAGUGGCUAACAAUGAUAAAUCAGAACCACUACCCUCCAAAUCUAUCCAAGAGGCAAUUUCUAGCGCAGAUUCAGAUAAAUUAAAUGAUUCUGUAAAGAUUCCAUAUUCACUUUCUCUUACAGUUCUUGGCCGAUUGAUGUCAGCUUUCCCAUUGGAGCCAAGAUUUUCGAGAACAUUGAUUUCUGCUGCUUAUUUAGGUUGUCUCAUUGAAAUGUUGAGUAUUAUAAGUAUGCUUUAUGUUUGUCCGGUGUUUUAUGUGCCAGUUGAAAAACGCAAUGAAUUUUCAGAUGUGCAGUCUCGAUUUCGUCAUCCAUCUGGUGAUCUUAUCAGCCUAUUGUUAGUUUAUCGUGGAUUUAUUAAAGCAACUAAAGAUGCUCGUCUGGAAAAAACCACAAUUCAUAAUAUGAAAAAUCAUUUACAAUCAAACAGAGGCACUUGUUCAUCUUCUUCUACACAACCUACGAUGCCAAAAUCAAAAUUAUCCAAACGUAAUUCCAAACUUCAAUGGUGUCGUGCAAAUUUUAUCAAUCGAUCUCGUCUAGAAACAGCUAUACGUGUACGUGCUCAGCUAAAACAAAUUGCUCAAAGUACAAAAUUAAAAGAUUACAUGCAUUCGUGUGGUACAAAUGUUGAGAAAAUUAUACAAGCAUUUCUUUUGUCCGGUUUUCAAGAUCAGGUUGUAAUUCUUUCAGAAUUAUCAAAAAUGUCCAAAAGUGACACGGAACCGUUAGUAAAACAAUCACAACAUCCUAUUUAUAUACAAACUAAAUCAACAACGCAUUCCAUUCAUCAAGAAUUAUUAAUUCAUCCAGAAUCACAAUUAUACAAAUUUUCUUUAACUAAUCCACCGUCAUGUUUGCUAUUCAUCGAGGCGGUCACAAACACUGAUUAUCAAUUACAAUCGAAUGAUCGAUCGGCACAAACUGAUCGUGUUUUCAUGCGACAUGUUUCUAUCAUUGAUCAAUCAUGGUUAUCGUUGACAGAAAAUUUGUCAGAAUUAAUGUUGACCAAUAAUCAUAAUAAUCAUAAUCGGAUCAAUCGAAAAUUAUCAUUAAAAAUGAAAGUGAAUCCGGAUAAUGUUGUCGAAUCAAAUUAUUGUAACAAAAAGCGCCGAACAGAUAAUGAAACUAAUGGUAAUAAUAAUAAUAAUGAACGAACUGUAUUACAAGUGACUUUAAAUCACACAGCAUACGAUAAUACUAACAAUAACAAUAGUAGUAGUUGUUGUAGUAAUAGUAGCAGUAGUACUAGUACAAAUAAUCACAUGAACAAAAUUUCCUGUACAAAUACAAAUAAUGCUACAACAUUCAUUAACUCUAAACAUAUUAAUCAAUUGUCUGAAAAUGUUCGUGUACAAUUAACGCGUAAUCAAAAACGGCGUCUUGCUAAACGUCGAAAACGAAAUUUGGCUCUUCAACUUGUAAAUAAUAAUAAUGAUAAUAAUAAUACUAAUAAUAAAAAUCAUAAUACAACUUGACAAUGCGC